AUGACCUCUCCUGUGGACCCCAAGAUUAAACAGGCUUUGCGAAAGAAACCAUCGGAACGGACCCCGGAGGACUUAAAUACUAUCUAUUCUUUCCUUCAUGGACUGGACAUACUCUCGCAUUUCAGGGAACAUCAGCUAAGAAUAAUGUCAUCGAGUGCCCGCUAUGAGAGGUACAAGGGCAACCAAGUUCUCUUUUGCUCAGAAACUAUUGCAAGAUGCUGGUAUAUACUGCUUUCUGGAUCUGUGCUCAUGAAGGAUUCCAUGUUUCUACCACCCUGCAGUUUUGGCAAGCAGUCUGGAGGAAAACGAGGAUGCGAGUGUAUCAUAUUGGAGCCUUCAGAAAUGAUUGUGGUGGAGAACUCCAAAGACCAUGAGGAAAACAUCUUGCAAAGAGAAGUCCCGCUCAGGCAGUCCCGUCGGAGGUUUCGGAAGAUCAACCAGAGGGGCGAGCGUCAGACCAUCACUGACAACGUGGAUUCCAGCAGCUACCUGUCGCUUCCAGCUGAUCUUACCAAGAUGCAUCUUACGGACAACCCUCAUCCUCAGGUGACUCACGUCCCCUCAAGCCAGUCGGGAUGUAGCAUUGCCAGUGACUCUGGGAGCAGCAGUCUGUCUGAUAUUUAUCAGGCUACAGAAAGUGAGAUGGGAGACGUUGAUUUAACAGGUCUUCCAGAAGCACCUGUAGACUCUGAAGAUGAAGAAGAGGAGGAGGAUGAAGAUAUUGACAGAACUUCAGAUCCACUACUGGGGCGAGACGUUGUACGAGAGUGCCUUGAGAAAGAGCCUGCAGAUAAAACUGAUGAUGAUAUUGAGCAAUUACUGGAAUUCAUGCAUCAACUCCCUGCUUUUGCAAACAUGACUAUGUCUGUGAGGAGAGAACUUUGCUCAGUGAUGAUAUUUGAAGUAGUAGAGCAAGCAGGAGCCAUCAUACUUGAAGACGGCCAAGAACUUGAUUCUUGGUAUGUAAUUUUAAAUGGCACAGUGGAAAUCAGCUAUCCUGAUGGGAAGAGUGAGAGUCUCUGUAUGGGAAAUAGUUUUGGGAUUACUCCCUCUCUGGAGAAACAGUACAUGAAUGGAGUGGUCAGAACCAAAGUAGACGACUGUCAGUUUGUGUGUAUAGCCCAGCAAGACUACUGGAGGAUUCUGAACCACGUGGAAAAAAACACUCACAAAGUGGAGGAAGAAGGAGAAAUAGUGAUGGUAAAGGAGCACAGAGAGCUGGAUCGCAGUGGAACCAGGAAAGGACACAUAGUUAUCAAGGCAACACCUGAGCGACUCAUCAUGCACUUAAUAGAAGAACAUUCUAUUGUGGAUCCAACCUACAUUGAAGAUUUCCUGUUAACAUACAGAACGUUUCUGACAAGCCCCCUGGAAGUUGGAAAUAAACUCUUGGAAUGGUUCACAGUGGACAGCCUCAGGGAUAAGGUUACCAGGGUGGUUUUGCUGUGGGUGAACAAUCACUUUAAUGACUUUGAAGGCGAUCCUGCUAUGACUCGAUUUCUGGAAGAAUUUGAAAAGAACUUGGAAGAUACGAAAAUGAAAGGCCAUCUCAGGUUGCUGAAUAUUGCCUGUGCUGCCAAAGCAAAAUGGAGACAAAUCACCCUCCAAAAACCUUCUAGAGAUUCGCCAUUGUUUUUCAGCCUCCUUGGAGGAAGCGACAAGGGGUUUGGAAUUUUUGUAGAGACUGUGGAAAUGGGCAGUAAAGCAGCCGAGGCUGGACUCAAGCGUGGUGAUCAGAUAAUGGAAGUAAAUGGACAGAAUUUUGAGAACAUCACCUUUGUAAAAGCUCUGGAAAUCUUAAGGAACAACACUCAUCUCUCUAUUACUGUAAAAACAAACAUUUUCGUGUUUAAGGAGCUGCUCUGCAGGAUCGGACAGGAGAAGAACGGAAUUCCACAUAUUCCAAAAAUUGCAGAAAAGAAAAACAACCGUUAUUCCAUCCCAGAUAUGCCUGGGGAUGUGGAACAGAUGUUUCCCCGUGAAAAAGGAAACAAGAAAAUGAAAGCGAACACUGUAUCUGGUGGGAGAAACAGAAUCAGGAAAAUUUUAGACAAGACCCGAUUCAGCAUCUUGCCUCCAAAACUGUUCAGCGAUGGCAGUGUGAGCCAGUCGCAGGACGACAGCAUUGUGGGGACUCGGCAGUGCAGACACAGCCUGGCCAUCAUGCCUAUUCCGGGAACGCUCUCAUCCAGUAGCCCUGACCUGCUGCAGCCUACAACUAGCAUUCUGGAUUUCUCUAAUCCCUCAGAUAUUCCGGAUCAAGUAAUAAGAGUUUUCAAAGCAGAUCAGCAGAGUUGUUACAUUAUCAUCAGCAAAGACACUACAGCAAAAGAGGUGGUGAGUCACGCCGUCCACGAAUUCAACUUGACGGGAGCCCCGGAGACCUACUCCCUCUGCGAGGUGUCUGUCAGCCCCGAGGGAGUCAUCAAGCAGCGGAGGCUCCCGGAUCAGUUUUCAAAAUUGGCUGACAGGAUUCAGCUCAACGGACGGUAA